AUGGCUUCACUUAUUCGGUGCUCAGUCAGUUCGCUUCUCUCCACUCGUCUGGUCUCAAACAAACUCGUAAAUAUCCCACCCCGUUUUGCCAGCACUCACUUCGGCUAUGAGACCGUGGACGAGAAGGAAAAACAGUCCAAGGGUAAUUUCUCAAAUGCUCUCUCGCAAAGUGGUUUUUAGUUGACAAGGUGUUUACCGGAGUAGCUGAAAAGUACGAUCUCAUGAACGACGCUAUGAGCGCUGGCAUUCACAGAAUAUGGAAGAACCUUUUUGUUCACAGCAUCAUGCCAACCUCAAACCUCAACUGUCUCGAUGUUGCUGGGGGAACAGGUAAGUCACCCGUUGCCGCCACUUUCUCGUUAUGCCCUCCUCUAGGUGAUAUUGCGAUUCGAAUUGCCCGUUUCUCAAAAAACAUAAACGAACAACAUCAAGGUGGGAAGACCCUACCGAAGAUCACGGUGUGCGAUAUAAAUGACUCCAUGAUGGAAGUAGGAAAGGCCAAGGCAAAUGCACUCAGGCUAACCGAAAGUAACCACUGUUGCACUUCAUUCUGUUCUUUAACUCCUUUCAUCCAUUAAACCUACAUUUUUUGCCCUUCUGUAGUUGAAUGGGUCCAAGGAAACGCUGAACACUUGCCUUUUGGUGACAACAUGUUCGACUUGUAUACAAUAGCCUAUGGCAUAAGAAACUGCACGCACAUUGAUAAGGUACAGUUGGUUAAUUUAUUUGGUAACCAGCCAAUGGGAUUUUAGGUCCUUGAGGAAGCCUGUCGUGUCCUAAAACCCGGAGGACGUUUCUGUUGCCUUGAAUUCAGCAGGGUCAGAAACCCGCUUCUUCGCAAGUAAGUUGCUUUCUCUCGAAUUUUGACUAAAACGUACUUAUAAUGUGUCAGUACAUCGUCUAUUUCUGCCUAGGAUUUAUGAUGUCUACUCGAUGCAACUGAUUCCGGUCAUGGGUCAACUAAUUGCCGGCGAUUGGCAUUCCUAUCAGUAUUUGGUAGAGAGUAUUCGUCGUUUUCCAGACCAGGAGGAGUUCGCCAGCAUGAUCGAGGACGCUGGGUUCAGAAGCGUGAGGUGGACUAACUACACUUUCGGCGUUUCGGCCGUCCAUAUUGGAGUUAAGUAG